UGCAUUCCUCCACACGUCGCAGUUGGAUGCAACCGCCGGCUUUUUACGUUUGUGUACGUUUGGAGUGUGUGAUCAUGUGUGUGUGAGCGUGUGUGAGCGUGUGUGUGAAUGUGACAGAGGAUUAAAAGUCUCGCCGAGACAUCCACAGGUUGCUCAUGCAUGCUGCACAGGGAAUGUAUUCGCUGUCAAGGAAGAGACUGUAAUCACAACAGAGGGAUAAGUGACAGAUUAUUUCCAAGAGUUUUGUCAGGCGACAAAAUUCUGGAUCUUGGAGCAGCUGCGUAAUUGCGUCCUUUUCUGCAUGAUGACAGAAGUGGCCAGUCCCGCUUCAAUAACGGACUCUGAGAUGAUGUUUCAACCAGAGUCAGAUCAGAUGUCUCCAGUUGAACCAAAGUCUCCGCCUCUGGACCUGAUCGACACAGGGAAGGGGCUGAAAGUCCAGACAGCUGCGCCUCAUCUGGUGAGCCUGGGCAGCGGGAGGCUGAGUGUGGCAAUCACCCUGCUGCCACUGAAAGAAGGGGUGACCCGCAUAGGCCGAGAAGAUGCUCCAAUUCCUCAAGACAUCACUGUCCAGGGGCCUGGCAUCGAGGCAGAGCACUGUCUCAUCAUCAAUGAAGGAGGGGUGGUGACCCUGGACCCCUGUGGUCACCUCUGCAGUCUGGAUGGAGUGCAGGUCACUGUGCCCACACCACUCACACAGGGUUAUUCCCUGUGUCUGGGUAAGUCCUAUUUCUUCCGGUUCAACCAUCCUGAGGAGGCAAGCAGAAUGAAGAGCAUGCUUCCACAAAAGAGCCCUGUAUCCACUUUAGCCUACAACACAGACUACCUGAAGUUUAGCAGUGACUAUAGCCAUGCGGUGGUGGGCGGCACCAGCAGUGCUAGGGGCAUGCGAUCAGCCUCUGAGCUCCGGGACUUAAUGGACACCCUGCAGCGCAAGAAGAUUGCCCUGGAGAACAGCCUGAGAGCCAACGGGAAUGCUAACCCCUCCUACUUCAGCAUGACGCAGUCUCCCCCCACCACACCUAUCACAAGUCCUGCCACAUCCUCAUCAGCCUAUCAGGAACAGGCAAGACGUUUCUAUGGCUCAGAUCGUCCACCCAUGUCUUUGAAAUCUGCUCCCCCUCUUUCCCCUGGACGACGAUCUGACCAUUCUUCUUCUUCUCUGGCCUCCCGCACCCCCAUCAGUCGCAACCAGGACAACUUUGGUGUUAGCGAUAGUCGCCGGAUGCACAGUCCGGGCUCUUCUCCUUUACUGUCCACUUGGAACGGCGGAGGCUCCUCCAUUUCUGUUGAUGGUAGCAAUAGCUUCCUCCUCUCUCUUCCUCCCUCCUCCUCCUCAUCCCGCACUCCAUCAACAGGAGGUGCAGCCAGCAUGCCCUCAAGUCCCCGUCUUGGCCGCCGUAGCUAUGGCAACCAAGAGCCAUUGCCCAGCAGUCGAACCAGGAAAUACUCAGCAGGCUCACUGAGUGGGAUGAUGGGAGGAGGGCACAGCCGCUCGCUGCCACGCCUCUGCCCCUCCCCAUCUCCCUGUGACAACAACAACGGACUCCUGACCUUGUCUGCACUGCCCCCACGGCGAUCCGAUGUUGCUGGGGGUUACAAAUUUAGCAAAGACCAUUACAAAAACAGCCAGAAUGCCAGCCCUGACCUCAACCACAACUCUAGUAACUCCAGCCAGCUUUCUUCCAACAGGAAUCAAAUCCAGAUCUCAACUCAGGGAGAAGGUGUUGUGUCUAUCUCCCUCUCCUCCCCUAAGAACUUACCCUCCACCACCCCGUCCAUCUCUUCCACAACCGCCCCACCUGAUGUGACCAUCCCAUCCAAGGCGGGGGGCUCCUCUUCUCCUCGUGUGGCCAAAAAGCUCAGCCUGACCUCCACUAGCUCUGUGGGCUCCAUCAGCUCCACAAGUUCCAGCCCUCCAGAACAGGAGCGGCUGGCCAGCCGUGGAGUCUCCCCAGGAAUGGAGCUGUAUUUGGGGGAGAGGGAGAGGCGAGGGGUAGGCCUAGAACUCACUGGUGCCCCGGGGCAUGGACUUGGAGAGAGGAAGUCUUCAUUUGGGAAGUCGGGGCUGGAACCUGGGAUGGGGCUGGGCGAGAGGAGGCAGUCAUUUGGAAAGGCAGGAGUGACCCCACCAGGGGGUUUCAGAGAAAGAAGGGGGAGUAUCAGCUCACUGAGUGGGAAGGAGGAACUGACCGACUACCACCACCGCCAAAAAGAGGAGAGACUCCGUGAGCAGGAGGUGGAGAGACUGGAGCGACAGCGGCUAGAGACCAUCUUGUCUCUGUGUUCGGAGCUGGGCUGGCCUGAGAGAGAUGGAGGAGGUGGCACAGCUACAAGUCCCACCUCAGCUGUGGCGGAUCUCCAAAAGAUCAACCAGGAGCUUGAGAAGCUUCAACUGAACGACGACGAUGACGACACCCCAUCUGUCUUUUCAGACUCUUCAGCUGUUAAUGGAACGACAGGGAAUGGACACAUGGCCUUCCCUGGAUCAGAGAAUGGUUACUAUGAUGAUGAUCUACAGGUACGACGGAGGCGCAGCAGCAGCAACCGGGCAGAAUCACCAGCUGUUAGUCUGCGAAGCUUCGCCCCCUCACCUUCUCCACGCACACAGAGGAUCAAUGAGGCUCUAGAUGAUGCAGCUCGUCGCCGCGGACAAGAAGUGAGGCCUUCGGAGGAGGAAGUGAGGCGUGUGGAAGAGGAGAGGAUCCAGGUGCUGAACAACAUGGAGGAGCUGGAGCAAAAGAUCAAAGAGCUGGACAACCAAAUGGACGAAUCUGCCCGAGAGGUGGAGGUUGAGCGAGCUCUGGUGGAGGCUGAGAUGGAUUCGGAGGUAGUUGCCCUCCAGCAGGAAAAAGAUGCUCUGGAAGCACUUCACAACAAAAUGGCUGACCUAGAGACCAAGUCCCAGCAGGAAAAAGAAAAGGGGUGCGAGUUGCUGCAGGCAGAAAGGGGCAGAGUAGAGAGGUUGGCUCAGAUUGUGUGUGAGCAGCGCUCCCAGCUGGACAGCUGCCCUGAGGCCACCAAGGAGCCCCUGCAGGAGCAGCUGGCCAGGGAUUGUGAGGUGCUCGAGGCGGAGACAAAGCGUUUUGAGGACCUGGAGUUCCAGCAACUGGAGAGAGAGAGCAGACAGGACGAGGAGAAGGAGACCCACACGCAGCAGCUUCUCCGGGAAAUUGCAGACUACCAGCGGAGUACUGUCACACGCAAGGAGCGACUGUUAACUCUGAAGAAGCAGGCAGUACAAAUUACCCAGCAGGCUCAGCGAGAGAAAGAGAGCUUCUUGAAGGAGAGGAGCAACCUCGAAGCAAUGCUGCAAAGGGAGAAAGAAAACCUCACCGAGCUGGAAAGAAAAUAUGCUGACCUCACUGGUGGCCGGGGUUUCACUCUGAGGGAGGGCUAUGUCACAGUCAGUGAAAUCAAUGAGCUUUACUCACAGCUUGGGGGGGACCCUAAAUCCGCCCAUGCCCCCACUCUGGCCAAUGCCUCUCCUGAGUCCGACGCAAACCCCUCCCCUGACGGUGACACCCCCAAACCACUGGAGGAUGAGCAUUUCCGUUUGCUGGAAGAGAGGAAGAGGUUUGAGAAAGACAGUGGCUCCCAUCUAAGUGACACAUUACCCAGGAAGAAAACCACAUCUUCCAUGACCCCCCAGUUCACGUGUGCAACACUGGGACGCAGCUUCCCUAACAAGUCCCAUCAGCCCCUGGUACAGAGCACAAGUUGUGGCAGCAUUCUUCCAAGAAUUCUCUCCUUAUCCAACAAGGAAACUGAAUCUCGACGUCUGCAUAAAGGUCAGCCCGGCUCCCGAGCAGCUUCCCAGACCAAUGUCUACCUCGAUGCCUUCGGGUACCGUGAUAACCAGGCCUUUGACACAAUGAGUGUGGAUAGUACCGACUCCAUUGAAACCAGCAUCUCUGCUUGCUCACCUGACAAUGUAUCCAGUGCCAGUACUUCAAAUGUGGCCAAGCUAGAGGAGAUGGAGCGUCUGCUAAGAGAAGCCCAGGCAGAGAGGAAAAGCCUCCUCGAACACAAGGAGCGCGAGAUGGACAUGCGAAAGCAGGCGCUGGAGGAGGAGAGGAGAAGAAGGGAGGACCUGGAGAAAAGGCUACAAGAGGAGACGAGCAGACGCCAGAAACUCAUCGACCGUGAGGUGAAGCUGCGAGAAAAACAGAGGGCACAGUCCCGGCCACUAACACGGUACCUGCCGGUGCGAAAGGACGAUUUUGACUUGCGGGCUCACAUCGAGUCGGCGGGCCACAGCACAGACACGUGCUUCCACUUGUCCAUUUCUGAAAAGACCUGCCGUGGCUACUUGGUCAAGAUGGGAGGCAAAAUCAAAACCUGGAAGAAACGCUGGUUCGUCUUUGACCGCAACCGACGCACACUCUCCUACUACGCAGACAAGCACGAAGCCAAGCUGAAAGGAGUCAUCUACUUCCAAGCUAUUGAAGAAGUGUAUUAUGAUCACUUGAAGAAUGCACAUAAGAGCCCAAACCCCUCUCUGACCUUCAGUGUAAAGACUCAUGACCGAGUCUACUACAUGGUUGCUCCCUCCCCUGAGGCCAUGAGGAUCUGGAUGGAUGUGAUCGUCACAGGUGCUGAGGGAUACACGCAGUUCAUGGUGUAGUGAAGGGGCAGGAUAUGCCAUCGUGCUAUGCCUCUUUGUGGCUUUAAAGACUACGUUUUCUAUUCCUUUUUUUAUCUGUGGACUUUUUAAGUGUUUGGAUGGAUAUUAUUGUCAUCUGAAGAAUCAACACAGUUCUGUUGUGUAGAGACAGCAGCCUUGAGUUACUCAAGAUCAUUGUGUAACAUUUUAUCCGCCUUGUUUGCAAGAUGGGCAGGGUUUACAAUCAUAUGUGGAGCAUUCAUGUGAAAUUGUUGGCAGAUAAAACAUAAUAAUUUGAAUAUUUUUAGGCAAUCUGGUUCAAUUCCAUAGAAGUAAUGAAGUGUAGGAGAUCUGAAAUGUGCUAUGGUGCACCACUGUGCCUUGGAGUGAGUUCAGGUGUGCCUCGAGGUUUUGCUUAAAUGUAAAGGACAUGUGAAAAAAAGUCCCAUUUUCUUCAGAGAAGAGCAGACUCAGCAGCUCCUUUUUAGCAAUAAGAAGCUUUUUACAAAGGAUUGUUUUUAUAAGGAGAUACUAUUGGAAAACUCAAUGCUGAGUGAACCAGUUUGAGCUCUAUAUUAUGUCAUUAUCAACAUCUCAUCAUUAACAUCAACUAGGAAGACAUAAUAGUGAAUCAGUGUUUAGAAAUGCCACACAAAACAAUUUUAGCAUGUCAUGCAAGAACUUUUCAAUUUUGUAAUGAGUUUAAUCAAUUUUAGACCAUUUGACUAAAAGUGUGUUUUAAUCAUUUUUAAACAAUUUCCUGUGUACAGAAUAAAUAAUGCAUAUUAAUUUAGUAAAGGUAGUUGAGCAAACAUAUUUUAAUUUUUAAAUUGUUUCAUCUUGAUUUAAUUUCAUGUAUCAUUACUGUGGCAUUCUCAGGUCUUAACUGUGAGCAUGGAUGUGCAUCAUAUGAUCAUGUGUGACUUUAGACACAUAUGCGCUGAAGAAGUGCCUAUUUUGUGUGCAUACUCUAUGUACACAUCUAUUUACUGUGAGCUUCUAACGUAGCUCCAAGGUGCUAUUCUUACAUGGUGAAUGACACUAAUAAUCCAAGCCACGCCCUCACGUAAAACAUUUAAAUUGGGGUGUGAUGAUACACUCAACAUGGUGUCAGUCAUUUUUAAAAUGGACUCCUGUGCUGGGUUUACAAUAGUAUCACCACAGGCUCAGAAAUGAAGCUCAAACAUAGUAAGUGUCAGGCGACUUGUUAUUUUCCAAUAUAAAGUACGAGAAAUAAUGACUUUUACUAAGGCACAAAAUUGUGAUAUUUGUACAUUUUGUUGUAGUUAGCUUUAAAAUAGUCAUGACAGUUAUGAUCCAUUAUCAACUCAAGACUCCUGUUUGUGCCUUUUUUUAUCAUAUUUUUUGUGACAGUAUUUUGACAUUCAUAUUAUCUAUAUUUUUAAGAGCUACGUGUAUCUUUAUAUUAAAUGCCAGACUGUCUGUGCCGAGAAACACACACAAAUGUGGAAAUAUGGUCCUGAGUGGUUUUGUGAGAAAGAACCCUUGGAGGAUUAAUUUGGGUUUUUUUUAAGGUGUCCGGCGGAAGAAAUCUAUGGUACACGCACUCACUUUGGAGGCCUUUAGCCAUCAAAACUGACUGAUUAUUGUGCUGCUUUGGUCCACUAGCUUUCAUUGCAUUGAUUUUCUUACCACUAAAACAAUGUUUUAGUUAAACUGACUAGUCCACAUUGAUUACUAAAGCUGCUUUUAUAUUGUGUAUCAUACUCCAUACCACAUCUGAAUAAUUCAGUCCACUGACCAGUGCAUUUAUCAUCUUGCCUCUUGCCAUUGCUUUUUGCUUUGUUUUAUUGACCAAAGUACAUGUUUAUGUGGUAUAUUGUAUAUGUGGUUUCUUUGCUUUGUCUUCUCUUUGUUCAAUACAAAAUUGUAUCUUUCUACAUGACAAGCACAUGGUUUUCUUCCACCAACUGUUACAGUGGAAGCUUCCAUGAGCUUAAUUUUUCCUGUUUUUCUUCUUUUUUUUUGAAUAAAUAAUUUUGUAAGUUGAUCCUACUGUAUUUAUGCCAUUACCAAUGCAUGUAUCUUAAUUUUGUAUUUCCAUAUGAAUAAUAAAAAUGAUAUAUUUUACCUUUU